AUCUCUUCUUUAUCUGUUUUCUUCUGUGGAUCAUCUCAACAUAUAAAACUCAGUUUAGAAGAGAGGAUCCGAGAGAAACCGAAAAUGCAAGAAGGAGCUUCCUCUGCUGCAACUAAGUCUCCGAUGCCUAAUGCUUCUCAUAACACGAACGCCGAUCAGGUAACAGACUUUCCGGCCAUUCCCACACACGGAGGACGCUAUAUACAAUACAAUAUCUCCGGUAAUCUGUUCGAGAUCACCUCCAAGUAUCGCCCACCUAUAAUGCACAUCGGAGGUGGAGCUUACGGAAAAGUCUGUUCUGCUUUGAAUUCGGAGACGAACGAAAUGGUUGCUAUCAAGAAAAUACCCAAUGCUUUCGACAAUCACAUGAAUGCCAAACGGACACUCCGCGAGAUUAAGCUCCUCCGACGUUUAGAUCACGAGAAUAUCAUCGGUAUAAGAGAUGUAAUUCCACCACCUGUCCGAAGUGCAUUUUGUGAUGUCUAUAUUGCUACCGAACUCAUGGAAAUUGAUCUUCACAAAAUAAUCCACUCUCAUCAAGAGUUAUCAGAAGAGCACAGCCAGUAUUUCUUGUAUCAGAUCCUUCGAGGGCUGAAAUAUAUACAUUCUGCAAAUGUUAUCCAUAGAGAUUUAAAACCCAGCAACCUGUUGUUGAAUUCAGAUUGUGAACUGAAGAUUUGUGACUUUGGUCUUGCUCGACUAACCUCAGAGAAUGAGUUUAUGACAGAAUAUGUGGUUACCAGAUGGUACAGGGCACCAGAACUGUUGCUGAACUCUUCAGAUUAUACUGCUGCAAUUGAUGUGUGGUCCGUGGGUUGCAUCUUUAUGGAGCUGAUGAAUAGGAAAACAUUAUUUCCGGGUAGAGAUCAUAUGCAUCAGAUGAAUUUGCUGAUAGAGCUUCUUGGCACACCAAAUGAAUCUGAGCUUGGGUUUUUUCGGAAUGAAGAUGCAAGGAGGUAUAUUCGGCAACUCCCCCCUCAUCCUCGCCAGCCAUUUUCCAAGAAAUUCCCUCAUGUUCAUCCAGAUGCUAUUGACCUUGUUGAGAAAAUGUUGGCAUUUGACCCCACCAGACGAAUCACAGUUGAAGAAGCACUUGCUCAUCCUUACCUGGCAAGACUACAUGAUAUUGCUGAUGAACCUAUCUGCAAUGAGCCCUUCUCUCUUGAGUUUGAGAGACAGUCCUUGACAGAGGAACAGAUGAAGGAGAUGAUAUACAGAGAAGCCUUAGCAUUUAAUCCUGAUUAUGUUAUUUCGUAGGCCUGUGAUCUUGGUCUUGUUGAUGGAUGAAUGCAUAUCUAUCUAUGGACAAUAUUGGAAUACAUGAUGCAUAUGAAGGGACUAUUGAUGUGCCAUUUAACCUUCAAUGUUAUGAUCGCAUAUCAGUCAUAUGGGGGGGCUGGUCCCAGGUGUUGAUGAGACCUUAGCCUCUCUCACCUUAUGAGCUGGCUUUUUUAGGUGCAAGUUCUCCUAAGAUUCAUAUCCAUUCAACAUGUCCUAUCUAACAGAACUAUGUCAAAGGUUAAUGCAUCGGAAAAUUUCAAAUGACAUACUCCAGUGAGCAACUUUGCAGGUCUUCCUAAUUGUUUCUGGUUCCCUUUGUUUGGCCAUGACAUCUCUUUGGAGGAAGUGCUGUGUUCUUGUUGUGUUACUACAGAUUGUGAUGCCCAUUAAUGGGACUCAAGCCUUUGGAUUUACCGACUGUUGAUAGUCAGUAAGACUGAUAGCUCUCACAUACUUGUGGGAGUCCCUGGUUUCCCUUUUGUCAAUUUUUAUUUCCUUGAUUAGUCUGAUCCUCAGAGUUUCUGGUGUAUCUUUGAAAUUCAGUAGAGUGUAAAAUAUGUAGUCAGAAGAAUUUGUUUGAUUGUAUAUGUUUGGAGAGUAUGCUAAUGAGAAAUAAAAAGCACUUUAAUUUUUUUUGGAGAGAAA